AAUGCUGUCGUAUCAGUAGUGAAGUGUAGUGACGGGGGCCGAGCAGGGUCAGUCAGAGUGAGACGUGUCGCUUUCCUCUCUCCUUCCUUUCCGAUCAUGGCUCCUAAGGGCAGCAGCGCCAGCAACAGCGUCAGCAGCAACAACAAGCAGCAGUCCGAGGAAGAUCUGCUCCUCCAGGACUUCAGCCGCAACCUCUCCGCCAAGUCCUCCGCUCUGUUCUUCGGCAAUGCGUUCAUCGUGUCCGCCAUCCCGAUCUGGCUGUACUGGAGAAUAUGGCACAUGGAUCUGGUCCAGUCUGCUGUUCUGUACACAGUGAUGACUCUGGUCAGCACGUACCUCGUGGCCUUCGCUUACAAGAAUGUGAAAUUUGUUCUUAAGCACAAGGUGGCUCAGAAGCGUGAAGAUGCUGUCUCCAGGGAAGUAACCCGCAAACUAUCUGAAGCUGACAACAGGAAAAUGUCUCGUAAAGAAAAAGAUGAAAGGAUUCUUUGGAAGAAAAAUGAGGUUGCUGACUAUGAAGCGACCACCUUCUCCAUCUUCUACAACAACACAUUGUUCCUGGUUCUGGUCAUAAUCGCCUCGUUUUUUCUGUUAAAGAACUUCAACCCUACAGUAAACUAUAUCCUGUCUAUAAGUGCUUCCUCUGGCCUUAUUGCUCUGCUGUCUACUGGAUCAAAGUAAAUGGGCUAAAAAGGACAAACUGAUUGGAGCUGCAAAAUUUUGUAUUUUCUUUUUUUUUAUUUUUUUUAUUUUAUUUUUUUUAAUAGGCAACAUGUACAAUAAAGAUUGGGUUGGAUUUCUU